AUACACCGAUUUUGGAUUCAGUUUUGACCAGGCUGGUCAGGGUUCAAAUUUGUGCCAUUCAGCCCGCAGUCAGGCCUAGCUAUAGCUGGACCUCAGUCCGGACCGGCCCAGCAGAUUGAGCCAUUUUCCAUCAGAAUCAUGAAAAGAAAAAAUAAAUAACGAACAAAAGUAAAUGUCCUUUUUCUUUGGAAGUUUUGCUCGUUUCGUUUUCACUUUCACACGUCUCAUUAAUAAAUGCACAGGACCUUGGCUUUGCCCAGCAUCGUUGAGCUCGCAACUUCUAUGCAAUUUCUUCUCUCUAUGAUACGCCUUCUACGGCUAACAAUGAAUAGGUAAAACAGAAAGAAAAGAGGGAAGAUCAAAACACAAUUGAAUUGGUAAAAAAUGACAGUAGGAAUCAUUUCUUUGAAUUUUUUUCUAACUAUAGUGUCUGUAGCGAUUCUACACCGAUUUGGGUCUCUAAACCCUGUGGUUGCAGUCUGUCAACUCAGUUUUGUUGAUGGGCACAAGCUUUUCAACUUCAGUUUAACGUCUCCUAUCCCGAAAUUCCCUCAUGGUGUCCUCAGCGAAGAUGGGUUUUACAAGGUGGCAGUGAACGAAUCUGUGCUUUGGUUUCAGCUAUGCAAUGGAAUGAUUUUUAAUCACGAUCCACCUAGAUGUGUUGAUGAUAUUGUUAGAAGUGUGAUGUGAACGCCACAUAACUAUUUAUUUUUACUUUUAUUGUUUUUUUUUUUUAUAAUAACCUUUUAGAUGCCAUUAUGCACUUAUUGCCAAUUACUUUUAGUUGAUUUGCCAUUGAAUUUAUCUUAUUUGACUCUGUGGACCA